AUGUCGUCUCUCCAACCGGUUGUGGGGCUCCCUCCACUGUCAGCCAUCGCCGCUGUUGACCCUAACCCGGCGCCUGUUUCCAGCUCCAUUGUUGGCAACGUUGUGUCGGUUAGCUCAUCCUCAACCAUUGAGUACCGAGAUGCACGCAUCAAAGACCCAAUACCCAAGAAGCUGAAGGGCCACAAGGGCAGUCUCAGUGGCAACUUUGGCAUAAUACAAUUGGAACUGGGUGGCCAUGAGUCGUCACUUGAACGUGAUGAGCUUGCCAAACGUGCAAGCGAAAGCACGGAACUGGCUGCCAUGCGUGCCUACCAGAGCAGCCACGGCACGUCCUCUACUUCCUCUACGAAGCGCUUUCCCAAACUUCUGGUCAACCGGCAUCUCCGGCGUCAGUACCUCAACCACUCAUGCCGGCAGACAUAA